CAGGGAGAGACUAAUAGGAUUAUUGCCUCCCACACAAUGAACAAAAAUUCUUCCAGAUCACACUGCAUUUUCACCAUCUAUGUGGAGGCCCAUUCUCGAACUUUAUCAGAUGAAAAGUACAUCACUUCCAAAAUUAACUUGGUGGAUCUGGCAGGCUCAGAGAGGCUGGGGAAGUCUGGGUCUGAGGGCCGAGUCCUGAAGGAAGCCACCUACAUCAACAAGUCGCUGUCAUUCCUGGAGCAGGCCAUCAUUGCCCUCGGAGACCAGAAGCGGGACCACAUCCCUUUCCGGCAGUGCAAGCUCACCCAUGCCCUGAAGGACUCGUUAGGGGGAAACUGCAAUAUGGUCCUUGUGACAAACAUCUAUGGAGAAGCUGCCCAGUUAGAAGAAACGCUUUCUUCACUGAGAUUUGCCAAUAGGAUGAAGCUGGUCACCACCGAGCCUGCUAUCAAUGAAAAGUAUGAUGCUGAGCGAAUGGUCAAGAACCUGGAGAAGGAGCUAGCACUGCUGAAGCAGGAACUGGCCAUCCAUGACAGCCUGGCCAACCGCACCUUCGUGAACUAUGACCCCAUGGAUGAAAUCCAGAUUGCUGAGAUCAACUCCCAGGUGCGGCGGUACCUGGAAGGGACACUGGAUGAGAUUGAUAUAAUCAACCUCAGACAGAUCCAAGAGGUGUUCAACCAGUUUCGGGUUGUUCUGAGCCAACAGGAACAGGAAGUGGAGUCCGCUUUGCGCAGAAAGUACACACUCAUAGACAAGAAUGACUUUGCAGCCAUUUCUGCAGUCCAUAAGGCAGGGCUCAUGGAUGCUGAUGGCCAUCUAGUGGGCGAACCUGAUGGACAAGGCUUUGGACUUGGGGUUGCCCCAUUUUCUACCAAACCCGGGAAGAAACUCAAGUCCAGGAAGACAAUCAAAGAGCAGCCCAGCUCAUCAACAAGAAAGGAAGGUGCCAGCAGCCCUGUGAGUGGCAAGGACUUGGAUAUGGUUUCCCCCUCCAGGAACCAACUGGUCCCAUCUUCCAAGGAUGGGGAUGGCAAAGACAUGCUUUUGCGGGACCAGGAAACCUCCAGCAUUGAGCCUUUUCCUUUGGACUCCCCAAAGGAGGAAUUACGCCCACCCAGACCCAGCACCCCACCCUCCAAGCCAGUGGCUUUUGAGGAGUUCAAGAACGAGCGAGGUAGUGAGAUCAACCGCAUUUUCAAAGAGAACAAAUCCAUCUUGAAUGAACGGAGGAAAAGGGCCAGCGAGACCACACAGCGCAUCAAUGCUAUCAAGCAGGAGAUUGACGUGACCAAGGAAGCACUAAAUUUCCAAAAGUCAUUACGAGAGAAGCAAGGCGAGUACGAAAACAAAGGGUUGAUGAUCAUCGAUGAGGAGGAAUUUCUGCUGACCCUGAAGCUCAAAGAUCUCAAGAAGCAGUACCGCAGCGAGUACCAGGACCUGCGUGACCUCAGGGCUGAGAUCCAGUACUGUCAGCACCUGGUGGAUCAGUGUCGCAACCGCCUGCUCAUGGAAUUUGACAUCUGGUACAAUGAGUCUUUUGUCAUCCCUGAGGACAUGCAGGUGGCACUGAAGCCAGGCAGCAGUAUCCGACCAGGCAUGGUACCUGUCAACAAGAUUGUUACUCUGGGAGAAGAUGACCAGGACAAAUUCAACCAGCUGCAGCAGACAGUGCUUCCCGAGGGCCCUGAUUCCGUCUCCUUCUACAAUGCCAAAGUCAAGACAGAACAGAAGCAUAAUUACUUGAAAACCAUGAUGGGUCUCCAGCAGGCACAUAGAAAAUAGAGCCAUCACCAGUACCUUAAAGAACAAGACCAGUCACUCCAACCUUCUCUAGCUGCUAAACCACUUGCCCAGAGCUCCAACCACUCUACUCCAAGGACCCAGCCCAGAGAACACACAAUGGCUUGCCUGCUAGGAGGAGCAUCCUCCAAGGGAUACCCUUGUUCAUCUCCAUAGAUCAUUUUUGGUUUUAAUUCACUUCCUAUAUCCAGGGACAGAUAAAAGAACUUUCGAGUUUGGACUU